AUGUCCUUGGAUUCAGGUGAAAAUCAAAACGAACCUGAGAAAUCUCCACAACAUGUCGACAAGCAGGAAACAUUCGUCAACAGGCCACUUCACGAGGCCUGCAGGAAGGGGGACCUGAACCGAGUGAAUCACAUCCUGUCCCAGGAUUUGGUCGACAUCAACAGUAGAGACGAGAAGCAGGGAAGGACACCACUCAUGGUGGCAGCACAGGAAGGAAAUUGCAGAAUGUUUGACUUUCUUAUCAGUAGAGGGGCUAAUAUGCAAGAAGUGGAUAAUAACGGCAACAACGUCCUGCACUGGGCAUGCAAGGGUGGACAUGUGGAUAUGUUGGAGUGUGUGCUCCGGCAAUACGGUAUUUUUAAGAAUGUGCAAACGUCCCCUCUUAUACAGGCUGUACGUACUGGAAACAGGGACGUUAUUGAGUUUCUCGUGUCUACGGGAAGUAAUGUGUCACAAGUUGAUCAGUUCGGCAACACCGCCCUGCACUGGGCCUGCACAGGCAGGCAUGUGGCUAUGGUGAAGUAUCUAGUUUCACAAGGCAGUGUUGAUGUUAACAGUAGAAAUAGAGACGGAAGGACCGCCUUGAUGGGGGCUGCAUUAAAAGGGAAUAGAAACGUUUUUGAGUUCCUCGUGAACAUGGGAGCUAAUGAGUCACACGUGGAUGAUGAUGGACACAACAUCCUUCAUCUGGCCUCUUCAUAUGGACGUAUGGAGAUGGUGAGGCACAUCCUGUCACAGAACCUGGUCGACAUUAACGCCAGGGACAAAGAUGGGAACACGGCAGCCAUGAUAGCAAAGCAUGAGUCUCGAUUUCACCUGGACAGUUCAGAUGGGCGAGCUAGGGUUUACAGACGUGAUGAGGAACGUUACGCCGACGUGUGCAUCACCCAACGUCGUCCAUUUGGAG